AUGUCACGCUGGGGUAGAGGCCGAGGCGGCAGCGUAGCCGUGCCGCUUGAUAGUGCUCUGUUUAGAGAAAACAGUAAUUGCCCCUCGGCGGCGCGUUCAGCUGGAACUGUGGGCAAGUGGGGUAUCACUAGCUUCACUUCUAUCAGGAGCGCUCCUUACGCGUAUGCAAGUAGCCUUCUAAAAAAGCCAGUGCAAGAUCAAAAUAGCCCAUUAACCGUUCCAGCUGUAGAUACUGAACAACCACCACCAAAGCCGAAGAAAUUUUUUAAGUCUCGUAAUGCUGAGCCUUUCCCUCCAGUUCCACAAAUUGCUUAUGCUCCAGAAGCGACUGCCCCACCACUUUCUCCAGAACAUCCGCCAACUAAUAAGGAAAAGAAAACCACAAAACGAAGUAGAUACAAUAGAGAUUCAUCCUCACCAGAAUUGCCUAGACGCAAUUCUGAAAAAACUAAAUCAAAAAAGAAUACUGUGGCUACUAAAGCAGCAAAGAAGGAAGAACCUCCAAGUGAGAACUCACAACCGCCGAAUAAACGUUACUUAGUGCGUAAUCGUAACAAAGUCAUAAACUAUGCUGAGGAUGGUAGCAACAGUCCCAUACCUGAGCUGACAACUGAAUAUGAAUCAAUACCACCAAAGGUACAAUCACCUAAAACUAGUCCUUUAGUUUACAGUCCAGUGCCAAUUAAAACAGAUGUAGUGAGUCCUUCAACCAGUAAAGAAGCAAAUGAAGAACGUAAACCUCCACCUAUUGUACUUAGAAUAUCAAAAGGAACAUCAAGAAUAGUUAGCACUGACUCAAACGAAGGAUUUACAUCUCCAGGAUCUGAUAGACAUUCAUCUUUGGAUAUACAUUCUGAUAUAGAUCAUAAAAAAAGUCCAUCCAUGGAAACUAUAUGUUCUCCAAAACAUGAAGGUCUUAAAAUUACUAUAAAAUGCUCAUCACUAAAUCAAGAAAGUAAAAAGGAAAAGAAAAAGGAUAAAAAAGAUGGGCACCAUAAGUCACAUAAACGCCAUCACAAAAAUAAUGAGGAUGAACCAGCUAAAAAAGUUAUAUCUCCAUUACCAGGCACUGAUACAUAUGACCUAUAUAAAACUUUGGCAUCUCCAAUACAAGAAAAUGAAAAAGAAUCUAAAAGUAAAACACAAACAGACAAAAUUGAGUCACAAUUAAGUAACUUAGAUUCUACUAGUACUAUAACAAGAUCAAAAUCUGAAUCAAAAGAUCUAUUACCAGAACCAAAACCUCCUGAGGGGGGUACAGGUCGCUCAAGAAGAAAUAGACCAAACAUUAAUUAUAGUGAAAAUGAUGAUUACUUAGAUGCAUUAACAUCUAAAGUAACCAAACAUGGAACAAAGACUGUUAGUGAUAUUAAAAAGGAGGUGCGGAAGAGUAAACGGAAGCUAGAAGUUGCAGCUUCAGCUGAUGCCAAUGAUUUAAAUGAGGUUCAAGCAGGAACUGAUAAAGCUACUGAAUCUCACUUGGAAAAUAAAGAUUUGAUUAAUAUAUUAUCUGGAGAGAGCGAUAAACCUAAAUCUGUAAUUGAUUCCCAUAAAUCAAAGUCACAUAAAAAACAAAAGAAUAAACAAAAACAUGCAGUUGCUAAUAAUCAUACUGAAAAUUUGACAGAAAGUAACGUAGAAGGAGAACAUGUUGAUGGACAAUUGGAAGAUUUAUCAGAUGUACCUGAAGAGAAAAAGCAGGAGCAGGAAGAUGAGUGUCAAACAGACAAUGUAAUACUUAAACAAGUGAAAAGUCAACCAGAUUUACAAGAAGAGGAUCAAUUAGAAUCUCAGAAAGUAAAUCAAUCAGAAAAUGUGGAAGAGAAGCAAGUGGAUAGUAAUGUAGAAAUCCCAUGUGACCACACAGACAAUCAAGUAACUGAAGCAUAUGACUCAAAUGAAGACCAGUUGAAUACACAAACCCAGUCAUUAGAUUCAGCUUACAAUAGUUGUCCUAAUGAAAAUUCUGAGGAAGAAUCCCAAAGAAUUCAAACUGAAGAGCAUUUCAAGGCACCUGCAGGUGUUAAUGAAGCAGAUGUUCCAAUGGAGGACAAACCUAGUGUUAAACUGGUAAUAACAAAGAAAAAGGGCUCCAUAUUUAAAAGCAAAUCUUUAGUUAAUGAUAAUCCUUCUCCAUUACCAGCAAGGAAAAGGCGCCAUCUAUAUAAACAUCAGUGGGCUAAUGAUAAAGGAAAUGAGACCCCUAGGCCUGAAAGAUCAGAAAAUACAGAAGUAGAAAAUCCAGUCAGUGAAGUACCUGAGGUAUUAACACGAGUUACAAGAUAUAAGUCCCCAGAUCCAGUUAUUGCGGAUUUGAAUUCAAAAGAUCCUGGUAUGCCCUAUACUAGUGUCAGAUGUGCUAAGGAAGCUAAGGAGUUCUACACUGUUGUGAGAAAUGUAAAGAAAGCCCACCAAAUUCAAGAAAUUGGAGAGUUCCAAGAGUUCAAUGAUGAUGUGGAAUACCUUUUAGACGCAUUGCAGGACAACAAUCCAAUGUCGACGCGAUGCCUGUCAGCUAUCACGUUAGCGAGUAAAUGUACGGCGCCUGCGUUCCGAAUGCAUUUGCGGGCACAUGGCACCGUGCAAAAGUUCUUUAGCGCGCUACACGACGCUACCAAUGAUCAGAGCUUGGGAUUAUGUACAGCAACAGUUAUGUUUGUGCUCUCUCAAGAUCGUCUAAAUAUGGAUUUAGAUAGAGAGUCACUGGAACUCAUGUUGAAUCUCCUUGAAUCUGAUGCUUCUCACAAAAAUGCCCUUGAUGACUGUGGAUUGACGUCAGCGCAACUUGCGAAAACUCAAGAAAGAGUGCGAGAACUAUGUGCUGAAAUAAAGAGUCAAGGGAAAGCAACACAUUUGGACUUGGAAAACAUUACUGUUGGUCAUUUGGCAAUGGAAACUCUACUAUCGUUAACAUCAAAACGAGCUGGUGAAUGGUUUAAAGAGGAGCUACGUGUGUUGGGUGGUGUAGAUCACAUUGUCCGCACUAUUCAAGACUGUGCAAGCAGGCUGGAGACUCCUGCCAGUAUGUGGACCAGUGCUGAAGUAGAUGUGCUAAGAAAAGCUGAUAGGUGUAUGCGGGUUUUGGAGAAUGUGACGCAGCAGAACGAGGACAACCAGGUGUACCUGGUGGGCGCGGGCGUGGGCGGCGCGCGCAUCCUGGCGGCGCUGCUGCGGCGCUGCGUGCGCGAGGCGCGCGCGCGCCCGCCGCCGCCGCACUGCAGCCUGCGCGCGCCGCUGCUCGACGCCGCGCUGCCCGCGCUCAAAGUGCUCGUCAACCUCUCGCACUGCUUCGGCAGCGCAGCCUCAAUAGGAGCUCAAGUUGUGGGCGAGCAGCCAUCAAUCAUGGAAAUUUGUCUAAUAAUGCUAAACAAUCAAGACAACUUUAUACCGGACAGUAAAAACUUCGAAUUUAGUGUUUGUGUUUUACUGUUGUUAAUCAAUCUGGUGCAAAACAACGAGAGUAAUACAGAAAAGUUGUUAAAUGUAAGAAUACGUGUCGAUAAUGAGCAUGAUAUCAUAUCCAGAAGUAUAUCUGCUUUGGACCUCAUAGUCGACCUUUUCUACAAGCGAGAGGAGCUGGCGAGGCGAGCUGAAGAAACCACAGAUGCGCUGUUAGAUGGCGAGAAAGAAACUGACGACGAAAAAGAUAAGAAACAGUCUCAAGAUGAUAUUGAUGAAACAGUGGCUAAAUUGUUAGCGCGUGCCGGAGCCCACAUGGAGCACACUAUGGUGUGUGCGUACAUCGCGUUGUUGCUGGGACACGCGGCCUGUGCAGCCCCAACUCACGCAGCCGCCGUACGCGAGCGAGUGCCCAGCUAUGCACCGCUGCUGCCCACGCUGCGCAAGUACUACACGUUCCUGUCGCUCACGGCCAGUGCGGAGGCUGCAAUCGUCGCUCACGUUAAGGCGACGCAGAGAAUAAUAGAAUUCAUGGAGACUAGUGAUAAAGAGAGUACGCAAGUUGAAACGUCCCAGCCACCCUCUGCAUAUACUGCUAAAACGUACGCGGCAAGCAAUUACUAUCAGACUUCGCCUUCCGAUGUACCACAGGACAUGUCUCUUAGCAAUUUGAACUACAGUAUGAAUUGUAGUACUUCAAGUUCCGAUAGAAUGUCAUCGUCAAUGGAAGUCGAUGGAUAUCACUAA